AAACUAGGUUUACCAACGUAACCGACCAUCAUCUACAAGGCUGACUUCUUCCCCUUCUCCACCAGCCCGAUCCAUGCUCCCUCCUGUUGGCUACUCCUUUCUCUCUCUUUCCCUCUCUCCAAACGCCCACCCAAAUACCAACAAAACACAUACAACCUAACCUCUGUCACCCUCUCUUUCUGUGCGAUUUCAGUCUGACCACCUCUUGAGUCGGUUGAUGGCGGUGCGUUUCAACAUUUUCAGAAAUUUGAACAAUGCCGACAACCUUUCAUCUGGGGAUGCGUAAAAAGUUAAGGCGAAUAGUGGUUUUUGUUUUGGUUUCGAUUUAUUGAUUGAUUGAGAACGGAGGAUGGUGAUUGGGAUUGGCUUAGAGUCCUGUGAUACAAUUCAAGGGUUGUCCGGGGUGUUAUUGUUGUUGGGUUUGUGAUAGAGAAAAGGGUUGCUUUUUCAAAUGUCUGAAUUGGUAGCCCGUACUGGUCGGCAUCAGCAGCGCUAUGAGGAUGGUUGCCGCCUGGUUGCCGGGUGUAUUCCUUUUAAGUAUAGAAAUUCUGUUGAAAGCAAUGGUGCUGCAUCUCAGAAGAUCGUUGAGGUGCUAAUGAUCAACUCAACUAGUGGCCCUGGCCUUCUCUUUCCAAAGGGUGGCUGGGAAAAUGAUGAAACUGUUGAGGAGGCAGCACUACGUGAAGCUUUGGAAGAGGCUGGAGUUCGGGGUGAUUUAAAGCAUUUCCUGGGGUGCUACCUGUUUAAGAGCAAAACCCUCCAAGAUGAGUCUUGUCCUGAAGGAUUGUGCAAAGCUGCCAUGUUUGCUUUGCUCGUAAAAGAGGAGCUCCCAUCUUGGCCAGAACAAAGCACUCGCGAGAGAAGUUGGCUAACGAUUCCUGAAGCUAUUGAGUGUUGCCGACAUCCAUGGAUGCGAAAGGCCCUUGAGGAAGGUUUCUCCAAGUGGCAUGAUGAUCACUUAAAAAUUAACGGUAAGGAAGAGGACAUUCACAUUUCUUAACCUCUUUCUUCCCUGAGAAAGGCACCUGUCUCAAGUUGACAUGGUACCUUUACCCUUUUUGACUCUUCAGUAGGAGGUAAGGUCUUCCUCUUUAGGUCGUAUUUCUCUGCUUGUUUCCCCUGACAUUCAUUUCUAGUCUCGUUACUGACUUAUUGAACAUGUUUCAAGUUAUAAUGAAAAAAAAUUAAAAGAAAUUCUCAUAUAUCUUCUCCUAUAGCCAGCAAAGGUGUAAACGCCUUUACUUAUAAGAUCACUGAUUUUGGUGAUCAAACCGAAUGGAACUCACCCACAUGGCCCGGGUUACGGGCGCAUGCCCCCAUUUCUUUACAGUGGUUGCAACGUCUGUAUGUGUGUGUUUUCUCAAGGAGCAGGGGCAUCCCAAUGUGCAGCCACUUUUUUUGUUUGUAUGCUUCAAUUAUUGGAGCCGGAUGAAACAGGAAUGACCUGCAAAAACAGGCACGGGACAAGGAUGCUCUUGUCUCUGUUUUCAGCAA